AAAAAGAUUAGUCUCACAAUGGACUCGAAGGUGCAAGAGCCGGACAAAGAAAGUGGAGAGGAAGAUGGGCAAAAACUACAGACCACUUCAAUGAAAUUCUCAUGGAACGGAGAGAUUGCCCGAGAUAGAAAUUGGAUUCCUGAUAAUAGAUCCAAGGAAAGUGAAUUGCGCCCUGAGAGAAUGGUUUUUCAAGUUGAUGCACUUGGGGGAUUCCCAAGUUCCGAAGCGCAAACAUUCGGCACAGUUUCUAAAAUUAAGCUGCAGCCGCCCUUUGUCGUCAUUUUGCAUCACGUGGACUUUCAGAAUGAUCCCAAAAUGCAAAGGAAAGGGAGCACCAAGGAUGUGGAGGCUCUGCGCAACACAUUCUGGAAGCUGGAAUGUUCAAUCACAGAAGUUGACAAUCCGACAUUAGCUAAGGUCAAGGAGACAGUUGCAAUGUUGUCUUCAAUGGAUUUUGCACUAUUAGCUGGCUUGGUCAUCGUCAUCUUGAGCCAUGGCGAUAGAAAAGAAAGAAUUAUUACGUGCGACCACAGGGAGUACGACUUGGACUCUGAUGUCUUAUUUCCCCUCUUCGAAAAUCCUUCCCUGGCUGGAAAACCUAAAAUCCUAAUAGUACAGGCAUGCAAGGGUUCGUGGAAGGUGGAUUCUGUGACAACUAAAAGGGAUCCCUCCUCCUAUAUUAAAUGGUACAGCUCGACAGAGGGUUUUGUUAGCCAUCGUCAUGAAAAAGAGGGCUCGAUUUUUAUACAAGCCGUAAGCAAAGUGAUGGAUAAAUAUGCCCUUGUGGAGGACCUUAAGUCAAUUAUUGAAAGGGUGGACACUGAGGUCAAAAAUAAAUGCCUAUCCGAAGGGUUGAAGCAAAUUCCAUCAUAUACAUCGACACUGAGAGAAAGAUUCUGCUUUGGAGAUUUUGUAUCGAACGCAUAUGCUUCUACUUCUACUUCUACUUCAACUACUAAUCAACAAUAAUUUAACCUAUAUAUAUUUUUUAAAAAUGAGAGAGAAAUAAAAGAGUUUAUUAUUCCAA